ACGCUGGCGUGACUUGACGCUUUGUGUGUUGGUGACGGUGGCAGUGAGCCCAAGACUCCGUUUUUUGGUCAGUGUGUGUGUGAAGUGCUGGAUUGUCAGUCAUCUGUGAUUUUAUAUCGGAAUAACGUUGACGUAACCGAAUAGGCUCUCUGACAUUGUGAAGACGUCAUGGAUUUCGCGUGAAUCUCCGAUUUUUGAUCACCUCGACAACAUUGUUUUGAAGGCCUGUAGCUACUGCUAACUAACGUUACAGGGAAAACUCGAGCUACUGUGGCUAGCUAGCGGUGAAUCCUGGGCCGAGGAAAACAAGUGAGGCGCUGGUGCUAAUUGUUGUCGUUUUUGGAGUCAUACUACUCAAACCCUUUAAUCAAAUGUUGACUGGUCGUCUUAUGAAUUCGAAUGGUGGAUAUAAAACAUCGUAACAAACUGUCAGACUUCUUUCCCUAGCCAUUUAAUAGCAACUUAGCAAUAACAAGCUAACUAACUUAGCUUAUUAGCUACUUAUUCCAGCGCUUGCUAGCCAGCCAGCUAAUGCUGAAGUAUUAACUUAGCCAGCUAGCUAGCUGGUUGAAGUUCUUGGUAUGAUUUCUAAAGUACAGUAACUAUUUAAUAUUUGUGAUGUAUGUAAGCUUCGAGUAUGACACCGUUUGGUGUCAAUUGAGAGUAAUUCACAGGUUGCUACAUAUGUUAGCUUAGUAAAUUAGCGCAGUUACCUAUUCUUAAUAUCUAAUCACACUAGUAAGGUGAGUUCAGUUCGGCAACUUUAAAGGGUUAUAGCGAGGUAGCAAAGUUUCCCCAUCAAGUGUUUUUGAACAGCAAUACCAUUAAAGGUUAAUUUAAACCACCCAUUAGCAUUGAUCAGUCAGAUUCUUUCCCCUAUGAAGCAUCACUGUCGAGAGUGGAUGUUGUCUGUAUCAGCAGAUUACGUGAGUUCUUCUUGGCUCUGCUGAUUAACGGCCAACACGUGAGCAGCUGCAGGUCAUACAAACUUACUGAUCGGCCCUUGCGCGAUACUGACAAACGACACAAUGAAUCGCUAUCUGCCAGUUGCACGACAGCACUUCUUGGGUGCAUUAACCAACACUAGCGUUGUGGUGAAGUCCAUAAGUGCCAUAGUGCUACUUCUGUAUCUGCUCUCGUGGGCAGUUGACACUCCAUACGCCCUGGGUGUGACGCCUGGCUACCUCUUCCCCCCUAACUUCUGGAUCUGGACCCUGGUGACCCAUGCUGUGGUGGAGCAGCAUGUGUGGGGAUUGGUGGCUAAUGUUGGGACUGUCAUGGCCUGUGGCCGGCUGUUGGAGCCUCUGUGGGGCGCCUUGGAGCUGCUAAUCUUUUUUGCUGUGGUCAACAUCUCUGCAGGCCUCCUGGCGGGCCUCUCCUACUUGCUCACGUACGUCGCCACCUUUGACCUGGACUACUUGUUUGCUGUGCGAGUCCAUGGGGCACCAGCUUUCCUCGGGGGGGUGUUGGUGGCCCUCAAGCAGACCAUGGGGGACACGACUGUGCUGCGGGUUCCACAGGUGAGGCUCAAAGCAUCCCCGGCGCUGGUCCUCCUCUGCCUGGCCCUGCUACGCCUCUCUGGCCUGCUGGAGAAUGCCGCACCACUGGCGGCCUACAGCUUUGGCGCCCUGGCAGGCUGGGUCUACCUGCGCUUCUACCAGAGGCACAGCCGGGGCCGUGGGGACAUGUCAGACCACUUUGCCUUUGCCUCCUUCUUCCCUGAAGUGGUGCAGCCAGUGGUGGGGCUGCUGGCUGGCCUGGUGCACGCAGCCCUGGUGAAAAUCAAGGUGUGCAGGAAGAUGGUGAAACGCUAUGACGUCGGGGCACCUUCCUCCAUCACCAUCAGUCUGCCGGGGGUAGAUCCCCAGGACACAGAGAGGAGGAGGCAGUUGGCGCUGAAGGCCCUGAACGAACGACUGAAGAAGGUGGAGGACCAGUCGGCCUGGCCGAGCAUGGACGACGAAGAGGACGACGAUGAGGACGAGGUUCGGGCCGACACCCCGCUGCUCUCUGGACAUGAGAGAACCUCUCCAGUAGGGGGGUCUAAUGGUUCCCAGAACACCACGGGACAGGAGUCCAGCAUCAUCAGCUUUGAGGACGCCCCCUCCAGCUCAUAACAGACACACUGAUACACACUCAGCUAUACUAAGUUUUGAAUAGCACACACACUACAGUGACUACACCCCCCCACACACACACACACACACACACUAGCAGUUUUUGACACAUUGUCAGGCUUAUCAGUUUUUCGCUCUGACUCGCCGAAGUUGUACACAGAUUGCUCUCCUGGCCCCACCCGCAUAUGUCCAUUGAAACAUGAAUGCAAUGUACAAACACAUAGGACUCUCCCUAGUUUGUCACGUCUCUCCUGAAUAAACUAUUGAAUGGUUGUACAAAAUGUUUUUUUAAUUACAGCUCUUUUGACCCGAGACGCCUGCUCCACACCUGCUGCUCUCGUCUGACUCCCAGACCUUGUGUCUGAGACGCUAUGACCGGAGCAGAGACUCUUGGCAAACUCUCCAUCUGUUGCUGUGUGUUGCUAUUGUCCCAGAGCAAGCUUUCAGCAGACGGAUGCAGAUUCUCAAUGGUUUUAUAGGUCAUCCUUUUGUGCUGAUUGGUGUUUAGUCUUCAAUGUCUUUGACAUCUUUUCUCUCUUCUCCAUCACUGAAAGACUGAAAGACAGUUAUGGCCAAAUAUAUAUUGACACACUUGCACUUUUCUUAAAUAAUUCCCUAUUACUUCUAAAAUAAAUUGAAAUUAAAAACAAACAGUAACCACACACUGGAUUUUCGACAUCGCAGAACCAAUUUAGCUUAUUUAUCAUUUUAAUUUAGAAAGUAAAGACCAAUGACAUGGACAAAAUAAUUGGACACUGGACUCCAAAACACCUGAUAAUCUGCUAAUUUCAAGCAACCCCACAGCAUUACCAAACCUCCCCCAUCUUUGAUUGUAGGGAGGGUGUUAUUUCAUUGAAAUAAUAAAUAAUUUGUCAGUAAACCCAGAUCUGUAUUGCCAAAGAGUUAUGAUUUUGAUUCAUUGGUCCACAGAACCUUUUCCCCAGGAUUUAGGCUUGUUUAGGUGGGUUUUUGAGAAGUUCAAACAGGCUUUUUUUUGUCUCCAGCAGUGGGGUCUUCCUAUGUUUACUAACAACCAAAUUAGGCAUUCAAAGAAAAGAACACCCUCCCUACAAUCAACCAUGGGGGAGGUUUGGUAAUGCUGUAGGGUUGCUUUGCUGCCUCUGGCAGUGCAGGCCUUGAACGUGUGCAGGACAUCAGGAAAUCUGCAGAUUAUCAAGGUGCUUUGGAGUGCAAUGUUCAGCCAGGUGUCUUUGUCAAAGGUUGUGGGUCUUCCAGUAGGACAACAACCACAAACAGCAUAAAAAGCACCCUGGACUGUUCUAAUAGUCAGUGAAGGGUCCAGAUCUGAUUCACAUCUGUGACGAUCCAUCUAUGGCGAGACAGGGCACUUCUCAAACAUUGAAGAAUAAGAGCAGUUUGUUGCUGAAGAGUGGGCCAAAUUGCCAGAAGAAAAGGUACAGAAAGCUUAUUGAUGGCUACAGGAAGCAUUUGUUGGAAUUUCUUGACUGAGUACUAGCUCCUGAGUGCCAAUAAUUUUGUUCAUGUCAUUUGUCUUUAUUUUCUAAAUUAAAAUUGUAAACUUAAGUUUGCAAAAAUAAAACUGGUUCUGCAAUGUGGAAAAUCCAAUAACAAUGUGUGGAGACCAAACUUUCUUUUACUAUUUCAACUUAUUUUAGAAGGGUGUCAAUAUAUUUGGCAACAACUGUAGGUCUAGAUUUACCCCCCAGCUAUUUUACCACUGCUAGAUCUUCUGUUUUCAAAUGUUUCCAACAUUUAUGGGGCACCUGAUAAUUGGACAAGUUGCUCUGUGGAUGAUGAUGAUGUGGUUCCUGUUUUGAGGUGUUUAUUUUUGCUCUGAAGUCGGAUUACUCGAAGGGGAACCAAGGCCAUAAUAGAUUGAAGGUGUGUGGGUCUAUCUUCCUUUUUGUUCAUACUGUUGAUUUGUGUUCUGUCAGAAUCUUUCGUUUUUCUGGCCAGACAGUUUUAUUUUGUUUCUUUUUACCCGAAUGAGUGUGUAACAGGGAGAGCUAGAAGACUAGAUGUUGUACACAGGGGUUUCCUGUCAUUUCUGAAUGGUUUUGGCCUGACAAAGUUCAGCAGCUUUUGACAAUGACGGAACAAUACAGCCACUGAUGCAGGCUCUCGUCUCCCCAGGGAACAUCUUGUCGAAAUCUCUUGCUCUUUGUUUCUUUCUAGUUUCUCAUUUUUUCCCACUAUCUGUGUCACGUCUCUGAAUGUUGGUUAAGAUAAGAUCUGCACUGUUCUGUUUAAUUUGUUGGGGAAGGUGCCUCGAAGCUUGGUUUUCACAGAUUUUCCGUGCACCAGACAGGUUCCUCAGAUUUCCACUAACGAUGUGUUUCUCUUUGUACUGUGACCGUUGCGCAGACUCCUAUUUAGUUUCAGAUAUUUCUCUGUCUCUAUAUGAAAUAAAAUACGAUUGUAUGAAAUGUAA